UCACCUAACUUGUUAGAUUUGCCUACCUGCACACUGUCUGCAUAACAUCCUACCACACACGCACAAUCUUGGAACCUUUAUCCCUCUUGGAUACUUGAAUUCCACUUGCCAUUUACCAUCUACCUGCCAUCUACCUACCAUCCACCUACCAUCUAUCACCUACCUUUUACACUUUAUCAUCCCCUUUGUUUUAUUUAUCGAACAUCUGGCUAGUCUCGACCUCUGUUCGUCUGUUAUACGCAACUUGGACGUCUCGACUCACCCCCUCCCCCCUCCCCACCAUUCACCUAAGACAUCACCGUUCGUUUGCUUAGGACGGACAUUCGCGCCAGACCAACUUCCAUCAAGCCUCGCAUCAUAUUCUAUUUGUGUCUGCCUCUAGCCUACUUGAAUCUUGUCAUCCUCGGCUGGUUUACCAACCUUUCACGGUAAGCUCGAGGUAUGACGUGAUCUGGCAAAGAGCAUUUCAUUUUUACCACGUAAUGGAACAGCCCCAACCCUUAACACCUACCGAUAUACCGACUGCUGUUCCACCUCCCCCAUAUACCGACCGUGCCGCUCACCCUAUCGCAGUCGAGUCGAGCAAACCAGACAGCCUCGACCAUAUCUCCAAUUCCGUCCCGUAUCUCCGGUUUCCCCGACCACUAGGUAACCGGAAGCUCACCAACUGGGUUUCCUCCAGUUCUCCAGACAUUAUGCAACCAGAAAAUAUACCAGACGACGAGCCUAGCCUCGCCGAGCUAGGCUACGAUGUUAUCGGUACCGACGGAGAGAGCCAAGCCGAGUCAACCGCCAGCUCUCUCGAUUAUCAAAGACCCGAUGAUGUCCAGAGCUUGGGUGGCACUGAUACCGGCACCGACGUCGACACUAACGACGCCGACACCGAUUCUUCCGAUGAAGACGAGGAGGAUGAGGAGGAAGCUACUGCGCUGCACGACGCACCUAUCAUCAGCACGAUUAGUAGCACCGUCGUCGAAUUUACUGGAGAUGCUGAUGACGAGGAUGCCGAUGUUGAGACCCUUGUGAAUCAGAGCCUCGAGAACCCUACAGACUUCUCUCAGCAUGGCUUCCCGGCCCUCUCUCGCCUACUGCAGGCAGACCAGGAUGAGAUCCGGGAAGUCCCGUCGACUGAGAAGUUUCCAAUUCAAGAUGCCGAGUUGGGCGAGAAUGUCAAGCAUAUUCUGUCAUCUUCAGGGAAGAAUAAGCCGCUGUACCAGGGUUAUGACACAUAUCAUUUGACGCUUAGACAUGUUCGAAGAAACCGACGUGUUCUGGUGGCCUUAUCUGGUCUUGCUAUUCUCUAUAGCCUCGCUAUCACCGGCAAGUACUUCUUAUUUAGCCCACACACUCCAAGAGUUCUAUCUACAGUUCCGGUGGCGGCGGUCUCCUCUGCAGCAGUUCCCUCUCACACCGGGAACUCCGUGACUACCUCCGUGGUCCCACCCACUUUAGCACUAGCACAAACGCAGAAGGCUUUGCAGACCGGUGGCAGUUCGCCAAAUAGUCUUAUGUUCGUGCCAUUCGGAAAGGACAAGGCACAGACAGGCAUCCCCAAGCAAUCUGAGCAACAACCAAUCUGCUCGGUAGAGCUAUAUGACCGUAAUGAGAUUAUGGUGAACAUUCCACGGGGCUUGAAGUCUACUUGGCUCUCGAGGGAUGCUAUAUUGAUCGCGGUCAGCCGAGGUCUUUACGAUAUUCCGACAAAGGUAUCGUCUGUAGAGGAAGGUUUCUUGAUCGAAGUACCCCUGGAGGAGGCACACGAUGUCUUAGCGGUAUCUAUUGCGACGACAUGGAAACCAAAGAUACAGGAGACGUUCCGCGUCGACUUUGGCCGGAAUAAAUUCAUAGGUGCCUUGGAUGCUGGCAAGCAGUUGGUUAAGGGAUUCGCACAAAAAUUAGUUGAUACCGUCAAUGAGACAACGGCGUGGGUUGAAGAGACCUACAUUCCGGCUCUAGACGUCGUGUCGAAACAGGUCUGCAUUCAGACAUCGUCCGUCUCUGACUCCCUACUACAAGGACUUAGAGAUGUUGGCAACGCCAUCCUCAGCCUCCCGUCACAAAUUACAGCCCAGAUCACUACCCCGAUCAAGCUACCGUUCAACGCUGACAAUAUCGCGCAACGCCAACACCAAGCGCAGUUGCAAUUGGUACGAGAGGCCCAGGACCUACGUGACGAGCUUGCUUUACGGUACCUCUCCGCGCAGCUUAGAUCUAAACUCUGGUGGUUGCGGAUACGAGGAAGAACUGAAGAGUACCAACGCUAUCUAUCCAAGGCAGAGAUUUAUCUAGGAAAGAGAGUUGCUGAUGCUAAAACGGUUAAGCAAGAGAGAGCUGAACAAUUAAAAAAACUGAUACGGACCCGGCGAAAGCACGAGCGCCACGAAACGAGAGGUUCUUUCUGGCGUAAGGGUAUGGGGCAAUUCCAGAACUGACCCCUCUCCACUUAUGUGCACUUUACAUCAUAAGGUCAACCAGAAUAAACUUAAGGAUGGCGUUGGGAUUUAGUGAUAUAAUGGUCUUUGCUCGUCUUUCCCCUUUUGCCUUGGUCCCUCGCAUCCUGAUAUCACUGCAGACAGGCAGUUAUCUCGCCAAAUCACCACUUCUUUCUCUUUUUAUCCUCGGCUCCCCAGCAACGCAUGCAUGAAAGGAUGAGCGACAGGGAUACGAUAGGACUUUUCUGUUUUCUCCUUUUUUUUCUCUUUCUCGUUCGAGUCUUGCUCGGGAAUCAGGGUUAGGCGCAAUACACUAAAUGGGUGUUCUCAUGUCCAACCGCAUUCAGCAUCAUGGCGGGGUGUGGUUGCGCUCAAGAGCGUAGGGGUAACUUAUCCGAGGGCUAUUGCGUUGACUUCUUAGUAAUCAGAUGUCCAGACUAAGUCUCGAGGGUCCGUAGGUAGAUAACCGACGACUAAGUCUCAGAUAAUGCAUUGCCUUCAUGUCUUGUACCUUUUGUUUUAUAAUGGCACGCGAUAUUUGUUUAAUGUCUGACUGCCUAGGUACCUACUAUAUGUAUGUAAGCCGUCUAUUGUACGAAGUAGGUAGUUUUAUUAUUACACCAA